AUAUAUAUAUAUAUAUAUAUAUAUAUAUAUAUAUAUAUAUAUAUAUAUAUAUAUAUUUGCAAACAUUCAAUUUUUUCAAGUUAUUUCGUAUGCGUGUAAAAUGAUUAUCGAUUUGCGCGUGUAUGUGUCUGCAUAAACGUUGAACUAUCAGCAGUUUCAAAAUAUAAAAGAAAUAACGCGUCGAACAUUUUUAGACCCGUUAUUUCUGUAAAUUAGUUCCAAAGUUUCCGCUACGAGCCUUCAAUGAGGAAUUGAGGUAGUGAUGGCUAUAAACAGAGGCGUUUUUUUUGUUUCGUGACGACGGUAACGUUUGGUUUGUUAGUUUGGUCCGCUUAACGCUCGCAACGUCGCGAGCGUCAUUUAUCUUCGUCGUUCGAGGCGUUGUGAACGUUAAGUAGACCAACUAAUCAACCAAAUACUACCGUGGUCACGAAACGGAAAAACGCUUUAGCAUCUAGUCGAUGAGUUAAAUUUCAGCCAAAUCGGAGCUGAGGACUCUAACUAUACUUAAGAUUUUUUAGUUUAUCAAUCAUUUGGAUAAGCUGUCUUGAUACAUAUGCGCAUUAGUAAUUUAAUCGAAACUAAAGAUAUAAAAGUAACAAUAUACCUUAAAUGCUGUACGUAUGUAGCGAUUAGUACGCGCUCUCUGAACCAGUUUUGAUACUAAUUUUACUGCUUCAAAAUAAGGCUGCGUUCCGAAAUGCACUGCCAGUACUGAAAAUCUAUAGUUCAUGUUACGUAUAUUAUAGGAUUUCAGUACUGGCAGUAAAUUUCGGAACGCAGCUUAAAGCUUUAGUAUUAGUCACCCCGCAGCCCUUUGGGCUGUUACAAAUGUUAAGUGGCUAGGAUUGGUGUGCCAGAAAUUUUAGAUAACAAAAUAUGGCUCACAAAUCUCCCAUAAGAGACCAUCUUAAGAAGCCUAACACAGAUAUUGAUCAAAUACAAGAUUCAAUUAAAUUAGUCAAAGAUGGUAUGUUAAGUUUGAAUGAUGCUUCUAAACUCAUUGGGGUCCCAAGAAAGACACUUUACCGUCGCCUUCAAAGUUACAUAAAUGAGGGAAAAGACUCUAAACUUCAUGAAACCAAAUUGCGAAUGACUUUUGAUAUUUUUACUAAAGAUGAAGAGCUUCAGCUUCUUAAUAAUAUAAAGGAUUAUGUAUUGGCAUAUAAAGUAUUUUCACUGAAAGCUGUUCAAGAGGUUGCUUAUCACUUUGCGAAACAGCUUAACAAAAAGCUCCCUUUUUCAUGGGAGGAACACAAAAUGGCAAGUGUAAGUUGGCUGCAAAAAUUUCGCAAGAGAUAUGAUGGACAUAUUUUGUUUCAAGAUUCUGAAGGAACUUGUAUUCGUAUAGUCGGUCCACCAAGAGACCAAGAAACCUCACCAUCGACAACGUUACCAUCGUUGAAAACGUCACCAUCGUCGAAAACGUCACCAUCGUCGAAAACGUCACCAUCGCCGACAAAAUUACUAACAACAUUUCAAAGUUACAAAGCAGCAAUAGAUAAAUGUCCAUUAGGUCUACCACCUACCAGCAUUUGGAACAUUGACGAGAUAACACUUUAUAAUCCACCAGAAAUAUUAACCAAAGAAAUGCAAUCAUUCUCUGCUGUCAGCUCUGAAAGUAAUCUUACGAUAAUCUCAGCAGUGAAUGCAGGAGGCGAUACUAUUCCUCCAAUGAUGAUUUUUCCAAACGUCGACUAUACGGAUUUUGUACUUGAUGGAGCACCUCCUGAAACAAUUGGUGCUAUGAACUCAUCUGGGGGACCUAAUGAGGAUUUAUUUUUGGAAUUUUUUAGACAUUUUUUACGAUAUGCCAAACCAUCAAAGGACAUACCUUGCAUUGUGCUAUUAGAUAAUCAUGAAAGUCAUAUGUGUGCUCCUGUUUAUCAAUUGGCGAAGGAGAAAGGUGUAACAUUAAUAACCUUUCAACCAUAUGGGAGUCAUAAGGUACAACCUAUCGAGGAGGGAGUGUCUGAAGUCUUCAAAGUUUCUUACAACAAUGCAGGGAAAGAACUAUUGUCAAAUCAGAAUAAUGUGGGUAGAAAACUGUAUACACGUGACAUCUCUACUUUAGUGGGUAAAGCUUUCGCCAUGGCUUUCACAUCAACCAAUAUAAUGCAGGGAUUCCGAGUCAGUGGAUUUUACCCGCCUAAUGAAAAGCGUACAGAUCUUAAAUCUUUACUCUCUGACGUGACUGAUCGUUUCGCCGGGAUUAAUCAACGAGAUCCGCGAUUGAACCGCGAACGCUCAUCGGUAUUAUACCAGGAUGAUUAUACUGAUGAUCCACCCUCUUCUCCCUUCCAAAGGGAGGAUCCUACCUUAUGGUUAACAUCUUGAUUUCUAAUAAUUAAAGAAAUGAUAUGUUUCCGUCAAAAUGACUUAAGAAAAAGUUCUCAUAAGAUAAGAAACAAAAAUCACGGACAUUAGCUGGAACGUUAGUUUAGGGAAAACAAUAAUUGAAAAAAUAAUUAAAUCAAUGAAUAGUAAGGAAAUUGUCCCUACAUGUAAAGCCAAAAUCGGUUUGUAAGUAAAUUCUUUCUGUUAGGAGAAAAAUGUACACGAUUUCUGAUUUGUCAGAUGAAUCUGUUCAUUUUUCUUCAUCAGAUCCUGAAGUUUAGUGGCCUUUUUGCAUUUUCAAGAGAAGAUUUAGAAAAUAUAAGACCAAAUGCUACAAAAGAAAAUGCAUAAUAUUUUGAAUAUGACCAAAGACAGAAAAUAUAGAGUUAUUUUUCUACCUUUCAUAUUUAUUUUUUAGAAGUUUAGUUUUUUACUGAAGAGUUUUUAAAAUAUAUUUUUUAUUUAUUUGUAAAUUAUUAUUUUUUUAUUAGAUUUAUCGCAGUCAAUUGCAACCCUAACUGAUUGUGAUCUUAUUAGUAAGAACUCGACAAGUAUCUAUUUAAAUCAUACAAUGUAUGUGUAAUUAAAUAUCGAAACGUGAAGUGUCUAAAUAUAAAAUAUAGUCCAAUUAAUACUA